GGGGUGCGUGUCGAAGACGGCGCCGUUGUGGACGAAUCGUCGUUUGACAGCAACGUUUUAAGAAAUGGUGGUGGUGGCGCCCUUUGUAACCCAGACGACGUAUCAAAACAGUGCGCUCGCCGUGUAUUUGCAUGAUUGAUUGAGGUGGUUUAUAUUACUAGACUACAAGUGACAUUAUUACAGCGAGACCAAAACGAAGUUCGUAGCGGAGAAAGAGGAACAAAAGCCAAACCUCAUUCCAACCUUCCAGUUCAAACCAUCCAGAGUCCAACCACCAUGCCACGAGGAGGACAGAGAUCUGCCAGUCGGCGGUCAGACAUCAGCGACAUUGAUGCUGACCAGCAGAUGGCUGAGACCGAGCUGGCCAAGUUGCAGCGGCAGUACCGGAUCAUGGAAGGAGACCGGAACGCCUACAGCAUUGAGUCUCAGGAUCUGAUCCGCCGACAACUGGCGGAGAUUAGUCAGCUGGAAGCAGAAAAGAAGGAAUUAAACAAAGAUCUGUACCUGUCCGACAGCCAGACCAACCAGGCAAGGGACAGCAACAACGUUGACAGGCUGACCGAGCUCUGCUCCAUUCGAGAUGACUACAACCAGAAGAUUACGGAAGAGAAAGACCAGCAGCGUGAGAUUCAAGACAAGAUACGGACCAAGGAGCGAGAGAUCCGCGGCCAGCACCGCGAGAUGGGCGGUGUGCACGCCAGCGCACAGCACACCCAGAAGACGCAGAAGGCCAUCCGCGUGAAGGAGAAUCGACUGCACCAGGCAAAUGAGAAGUUCAACUUCAUGUUGACCCAGAACGCCAAGUUUCGAGAGGAGAUUGACAGUCUGCGCGUGGAGCGCACACGUUUCGAGAACAUCCGCAAGAAGCUGGAGAAGGAACUCACGGAACUUCGGCAGGAGAUUGGAGAGGUCAUUGACCAGUCCACCCAGGCCUACGAUGCUCGGGACGAGGCCCAGGCCAAGAUGAUCCUACUCAAGGAGAAGGCAGACAAGGACUGCGCCCAGCACCAGCAGGAGAUGAAGGAGCUGCAGCGCAUCAUUGACCACGACCGCAAGCUGCGGGAGUUCAUGACGGUCAAGAGCAAGGAGCGCGAGGAGGAUGAACUGCUGGUGGCGCUGCGACAGAAGCGAGAGGCUGAGGAAGGUGAGAAACUUCGCCGCGAGCGCCAGGAGGAUUCCAUCGAGGCGUACGAGGCAGCCUUCCAGCGUAUCGCAGAGAUCACCAAGGAGACAGACCUCAACAAGCUGGUCCACAAGUUCAUCGAGGUGGAGGACCGCAACUUUGCUCUCUUUAACUUCGUCAAUGAACAGAACAACGAGAUUGAGAUCCAGCAGGACCAGAUUGCCGAGAUCCAAGAAGAGAUCAGCGAGUUCAAGAGGCAAGGCUCGGCCAUGGAGGAGCAGCGCAUGACCAUCCUCAAGGGCCUAGAGGAGCAGCAGACCCAGGCCGCCAAGGACGCCGACGCCUCCGAUGCCAAGCUGAAGAGCGUCAACAAGAUACUGGACCAGCUCAAAGCAGGCGUCGAGUCGCUCUUCUCCAAGACCAAUUGCGACCGGUCCACCAUCAACAACAUGCUGGGCAGCGCAGCCGGAGUGACCGACGAGACCAUCAUGCAGUACUUGGGCCUGAUAGAGCAACGGACCAACGAACUGCUGGCGGUCAGCAUGUACGUGGACAGCAAGGGUGCUAAGGAGAAAGAGGACGUAAAGGUGCCGUCCAUGCUGGGCAAAGGUCCCAUCCCAGCGCCGCAACAGCUGAUGUUCAUGGCCCCCUCUACCGGUGACGACUACGACAGCGAUCAAGGGUCCGACCUCAGCGACGAGGAGACGCGGCCCCUGACCCAGUCGGAACUCAAGUCCAGAAUUAUGAAGGGGGUGUUAAAGAAAGAGGCGGCAGCUUCUAAGAAGGGUUUCCAGUAUGAUCUCUCCGUCCCCAGCAAAGACCUGAAGCAGAAGCAGGCCAUGCCAGACAAGAAAAGAGGUGGCAAGAGAUAAACAGAAUAGCCAAACAGGGAAAGCUGUCAAGACAUGGGUCCAAUUACUGAGCUGAGCUUUUAGCACCGUCUUGUGCCAGAAUUGGAGAGGGAGGGAAAGUGAUAAUCGGAACGGCUGACAGAAGAUUUGAGAGAGUUGUAAAUAUGAUGGGAUUGACGCUUGCUUCCAGGAUUAUAAUGGACCAUAGGGUGGGCAAACAGUAGAUGGGACAGCCUAUUACAUGUAUUACCUAACAAGAUCGACAUUGGAUAUUUCGGAAAAAGAUAAAGAUGUGAUAAAGUGGGUUUUAGUGCAAACUGCCAGGAUGUAGGAAACUGCACAUUAUUCUAUUCAACAGUUUUGACCAAUCAUCACUUAAAAACCCAUAAAAAGCAUGUUUUCCAGCAAGGUUUGUUUUUCUUGCAAGACUGACUGACUAUAAUUGACUCUUUUUGUCAUUAACUUAAGCAGGAAAGGGCCAGGAAAAAUUGAAGGUGUUUUGUGUGACCAAAUAUUAAAGUUCUUUUGUAUUUAAACACCAGUUAACACCAAUGACGGCACAAUGCUUCCAUACUCCUUGAUGUUGAACUGGGAAGUGCACAAUUUGCACAUUUUAUUUGAAUUUGUGCUGGUUUUCUUCUUUUAUCCAAUUGGAAAAAUUAUGUCAUAGGAUUUUUCAUGUCCUAUUCCAUUGUGAAAUCAGACUGGAAUUUUUGAAUUAAUUGUUGAUCGACUCAAUUUUGAGUAUAAUUUACUGCAAGUUCUGUAUUCAUGUUGACACUGUUUCUUAACGUAAAAUAAAUGAUACAUUUAUUCUAAGUAAA